CUAUAGUCGGCAAACAUGUCGCUCAUUUGGAUAUUCCUAUGGACUUGGCUGCUGCUGAUCCUCACGCUGGAGGCGCAUUCUCAGACGGACAGUCAGAGCCUGGACGAGUUCCGGGCGAGGUAUCUGCAGCCCUUGCUCUCGGCGGGCACGCGCAACUGUACGCUGAAUGCGUGCGAGACGCUGCGGAUCAUAACGCAGCUGCUGAUGCUGAUCAAGGCGCUGCCCAAUGGAACGCUCAGCACGCUGAUGGCUGCGGCGCCCCUGGAGACGGCCAGGCGCAGGACGCAGAGCAGGGAACCAGCCGGAGAAGCCAGCGCCAUUUUCAAUCCAGCCGAGUUCGAUAAGCGCGUGCGGCAAAUCGAGAGCCGGCUGCGCUCCGUGGAGCAGCCCGUUUGGCAUUUGGCCAGCGGCGGCGAGCUGGAGUGGAAUCAUUGCACGUCCGGCGUGUGCCGCUGCAAUCCGGACACCAAGAGCUUCAACUGCUGGAACACGAACUUGAAGACCGUGCCCGUCAGCCAGGUGAUACCCAUGAAUAUGGUUGCGAUCGAUUUGUCGCGCAAUUCGCUCUCCACGCUGCACAAGGACACAUUCCGCGGAUUGACGCUGCUCAAGGAACUGGACAUAUCGAACAAUCAGCUCGACUUUCUGCCCUUCGAUCUGUUCCGGGAUCUGGACAGCCUGCUGCAGCUUCGCAUCCAGAACAACCAGCUGGAGGACAUUGAUGCGCGCACCUUUUGGAAACUGCGCAACCUUAAUCUGCUCGAUCUGCACAAGAACGCGAUCUCGUUGCUGCCGGAGUCGCUUUUCUAUCACGCCCAACGCCUGACCGUGAUCAAUUUGUGCGACAAUCAAAUCAAGAACUUUCCGCCGAAUCUGCUGCGCGACCAGCUGAUGCUCGAGGAGCUGGACAUGUCGCACAACCGGAUCGAGCAGCUCGUCUCGGGCAGCAUGCGUCAGCAGACCAAGCUGAAAGCCCUCGACUUUGGCUGGAAUCAAAUUGCCAAGAUCGAGGACGACUUCUUUGAGGGCCUGAAGAGUCUGCGCACUCUGAAUCUGUACAACAAUCGCAUCAGCUCCAUUUCGGCGACCACGUUCAAUAAUCUCGUCAAUCUGAUCACGCUCGAUCUCACCAUGAAUCGCAUCAGCCAUAUUCAUGGACAUGCCUUUGCGGAGCUGAAGAACCUUAAUGAGCUGCUGCUCGGCCAGAAUUCCUUGUCCAGCAUUCCGGCUGAUUUGUUCCUUCGGGUCGGCGCACUCACCCGGCUGACGCUCUUCUCGAACAACCUGACCACGCUGGAGGCCAACGAUUUUCAGGGCCUCGCCAGCCUCAAAAUCCUCAUGCUCAACAACAACAUACUCAAGCACUUUGAUGCGCGCGCCUUCGCGCCGCUCACCCAGCUGGAGAAACUCCGCAUCGACUCCAACAAGCUGAUGUAUCUGCCGCAUGGCGCCUUGCACGGCCUGGACAAGCUGCUGGCCGUCAAGCUGGACAAGAAUCCCUGGCACUGCGACUGUCGCGCCUUGUACUUGGCGCGCUGGAUACGGGAGUUUGUCGUCAAGCUCUGGGAUGGCCAGCAGCCGAUGUGCCGUGGGCCUGGGGAUCUCGGCGGGCACGAGGUGGGCCUGCUGCGCUACGACGAUCUUUGCGAUGGACAGUGGGCGAGCAUGUUGUCGCUGUCGCCGCGGCUUCCGGUGCGCACACAUCGCAUUUCCACGCCGAUGAACUAUACCGACUAUUUCAAUUUGUACUUGAAGCAUAUCUAUAAUUCCACCACGGACGAGCAGCUCAAGGAGGCGGAAAUAACCAGCGUGGCCAUUAAGAAGGUUCACCUCGACUAAAUGGGCCCACAAAAAAACUGCAAAAGUAAAGAAAUCCAAUAAGAUAUAGUUAUUAGACAGGGCAUCAUUUAAAUG